AAUUGUAUAUUAUAUUAUAAUUUAAUGUGACAUUUUACUGAUAAUUAACCAAAUAACCACAAACUCAUGAUCUUCACAUUAGUAACGACCUGAGAGGUUAUUGGAGUGACAACAUUGAAUAAUGUAAACAACAUCGGAUUUGUCCUUAAAAAUAUCAACAUUUUUCAAAAUCAUUCAGUUCAACAGUUAACAUUCAACACUUAUCUUGGUGAGAUCAUUGAAUAAGUUUUAAUAACUGGAUUUACUUUGAAAUAUAAACAUGUUCAGCAAUAGUUUAAUCAAGACCAUUGGUCUGUGUUACAUUUUCACUCUUAUUUUUGGUGUUCUUUCACAAGAAGUCGUCAAUCCUAACCAAGAAAUACCACCAAAGACUGUAAAUCUUAAUAUACCAUUGUUCGUUAAAAUGAGACUUGAGACUAAAAAUUUGACUGAAUUCACUCACACUGACAUGGAUCUUUCAGUGUUAACGGGAAUGGUUCGAGUUAUACUUGACCGUAAAAUCUACAAAAAUGGAACAGUUGUUGGCCCAGUUCGAGUUUACUUAUUUGGAGUUGGAAUUUCUUAAGACGAUUUCGUAUAAGCAGAUCAAAUUUGUAACCGCUUUUUUAAUGAUUAAAAAACAAACAAAAUAUUAAGAUAUAUAAGAAAUUUAUGUAAACAACUUUGUCUUUUUUGCUGGUAAAAUAUUCAAUAUAACAAUUUAUCAUACAUGUGAAAUUAAAAUAAAAGUUCAUGCAAUUCAUGCGUUUAAAUGCUUUGUAAGACUGAAAAAGGGAAUUUCAUUGAAAUUAUUAAAUAGCAAAAGUUUUUCUUUCUUGAACAAAGAAUAUGCUUGUUCCGAAUGAUUGAAGGUUGAGUCAGGCAUAAAUUGAUUUAGGAACUGGUUGUGAUGAUGGAAUAUCAGGGGAAUCUCGAUCACUUUUGCCAAAAAUAUCAAAA